GGCGUUGCCCUCUGUUCCUGGCCCCUCAGGCAGCCACCCCAGUGGGCACACGCGCAGGUGCUGCUCCUGCCCCGCGCUCCCUCCCUUUGCCUUUCACUUCCCAGCUGCCAAGAUCUUGGAAGCUUUGAAGCUCAGCAAAGAAGGGAAUCCAGCGAGAAUAGCCUGUAAAGUGUCAAGCAAUAUCCAGACAUUAGCAGCACUUUGCCUGUCCCCUACCUGAGCCUGGGAUUCUUCCAUUGGUAUCCCAGGACCACCUGCCUGCCUUUACCCUCUGUGAAAGCUUUCCGCAUCCUGCCACUGAGCACCGAGGAGGUAACAGUAGUUGGAGAGAUUCCAACUGAGAGAACAUGUCAUUCAGAUUCGGCCAACAUCUCAUCAAGCCCUCUGUGGUGUUUCUCAGGACAGAACUGUCCUACGCCCUCGUGAACAGGAAACCUGUGGUCCCAGGACAUGUCCUGGUGUGUCCCCUCCGGCCAGUGGAGCGCUUUCGAGAUCUGCGUCCCGAUGAAGCGGCUGAUUUGUUUCAGGCGACCCAGAGGGUCGGCAAGGUGGUGGAAAAGCAUUUCCAGGGGACUUCUCUUACUCUUGCUAUGCAGGAUGGCCCCGAAGCUGGACAGACUGUGAAGCACAUUCACAUCCACAUUCUGCCCAGGAAGGCUGGAGACUUUCACAGGAAUGACAGCAUUUAUGAUAAGCUCCAGACACAUGACAAAGAGGGAGUGGACUCCCCAGCCCUGUGGAGAUCAGAGGAGGAAAUGGCAGCAGAAGCCGCGGCGCUGCGGGCCUACUUUCAGUGACACAGGCAUGAAAAGCAACUCGAACAAAUCCCAAGGCAUAAGGAAAUGGGCCUGUUCUCAGGAGUCUGCGGCAUCGGAAAUGAAGCCAAGCAGACUUUAUUACAUCCUCCAAUUCAGCAACCUUUUGCUCAGCAUUUUAUUACCCUGCGGAAGCCACCCGGUUAUGUUUCAAUCACGAUGACUGACAGGCUAACUUCAACACCAUGGCAUCGGCAGCCCUUCCGCCCUCCUGGUCUGCGCCCUCAGAACAAAGCCCUUUCUAAGUUGUCCCUGGGCCUGGAUGGAAAUAAAACGGCAGUUAAGAUAUU